CCUCUCACAGUACCUAUGACACUUGUCAUUUCCUCCUCCUUCCCUCCCCCAAGGAAGUGAGGCCAGAGGGCAGGUUGCAGGGGCUGCUCCUCUCUGCCUGGCCCUGGGCCCCUGCAGAGGGAGAGGGUAGCAGGCCCUGGGCAGCUGGUGGUUGGGACUAAACCCAGGGCUGAGGGGUGGAAGCUGGAACCUGUCCCCAGUGGAAGUGUCCCUUUAAUAGCUGCUGGCCCGCCGGCUUGGACGCCUGCUUUACCUCCUAUUCAGCUGUGGCUGCAGCUGCUGUGCUGACUCAUGUGCCCCAGCAGACAGCAGGAGCUGGAAGCAUGGGCUCCCCGGGGGCCCUGGCGGGCUGGGGGCUUCUGGAUUACAAAACGGAGAAGUAUGUGAUAACCAGGAACUGGCGGGUGGGCGCCCUGCAGAGGUUGCUGCAGCUCGGGGUCAUGGCCUACGUGGUGGGGUGGGCUCUCCUCGCCAAAAAAGGCUACCAGGAGCGAGACCUGGACCCCCAGAUUUCCGUCAUCACCAAACUCAAAGGGGUUUCUGUGACCCAGAUCGAGGAGCUGGGGAACCGACUGUGGGAUGUGGCAGACUUCGUGAAGCCACCACAGGGAGAGAAUGUGUUCUUCUUGGUGACCAAUUUUCUUGUGACGCCAGAACAAGUUCAGGACAGAUGUCCAGAGGUAAGGUUGCUCAGGAGCUUCCCAGCGGGUUCCCAGUUCCUCUGCCAGACCUGGGUCACCAGCCAUGUCCUCCUCUCGCCUUCCCAGGUAACUGAGGGCUUAGUAUAUAUAUGCUACUGUAUCCCAGGCACUGAGCGAAAACCUUUUAGUGAAUCAUUCCAUUUAGUCUUCACAAAUACCUUGCCUGGUAGGAAUCACUAAUGAUCCAGGAGCACCUGGGUGGCUCAGUCCGUUAAGCGUCCUACUUCGGCUCAGGUUAUGA